AGGGAGCCGCUGGCUUUCUACCGGAGGAUACUGGGUGGGGAUGCCGGAGGGUUUGCGCUCCCGGGUCUUGAAGGAGUCGUGAACCGCCCCCUCCCACCUGACCCGAGUGGAGAAUCUGGUCCCGGGAAAGCUGGCCUCGCACUAGUUAGUGUCCGGAGACGCUGCUCGGUCAUGAACACGCAUUUUCGGGCCUCAGUUUCCAACUCUGUAAGUUUGUUUACAAAUGUUUGAAUAAUAAAAAAAAAAAGGAGAGCAAAAUGAGCUGGGCUUUGGAAGAAUGGAAAGAAGGCCUGCCAACAAGAGCUCUUCAGAAGAUUCAAGAGCUGGAAGGACAGCUGGACAAACUGAAGAAAGAAAGGCAGCAAAGGCAGUUUCAGCUUGACACUCUGGAGGCUGCAUUGCAGAAGCAAAAACAGAAGGUUGAGAAUGAGAAAACUGAGGGUACAAACCUGAAACGAGAGAACCAAAGCUUGAUGGAAAUAUGUGAAAAUCUAGAGAAGGCUAAGCAGAAGAUUUCUCAUGAACUUCAAGUUAAGGAGUCACAAGUGAAUUUCCAAGAAGGACAACUGAAUUCAAGCAAAAAACAAAUAGAAAAACUGGAACAGGAACUUAAAAGGUGUAAAUCUGAACUUGAAAGAAGUCAACAAGCUGCACAGUCUGCAGAUGUCUCUCUGAAUCCAUGCAAUACACCACAAAAAAUAUUUACAACUCCACUAACGCCAAGUCAGCAUUAUAGCGGUUCCAAAUACGAAGAUCUAAAAGAAAAAUAUAAUAAGGAAGUUGAAGAACGAAAAAGAUUAGAGACAGAGGUGAAAGCCUUGCAGGCCAAAAGAGCAAGCCAGGCUAUUCCCCAAAACACCAUGAAUCACCGAGACAUUGCCCGACACCAGGCCUCAUCGUCUGUGUUCUCAUGGCAACAGGAAAAGACCCCAAGUCGUCUUUCAUCUAGUGCUCUGCAAACUCCAAUCAGGAGAGAUUUCUCUGCAUCUCACUUUUCUGGGGAACAAGAUGUGACUCCAAGUAGAUCAACUUUGAAAGUAGGGAAGAGAGAUGCUAAUAGCAGUUUCUGUGAUAAUUCGAGCAAUUCUCAUCUUUUGGAUCAAUUAAAAGCCCAGAAUCAAGACCUAAGGAGCAAGAUUAGUGAGUUGGAACUGCGUCUGCAAACACAAGAAAAAGAAAUGAAAAGCCAAGUGAAUAAAUGUCAAGAAUUACAGCUCCAUCUAGAGAAAGCGAAAGUGGAAUUAAAUGAAAAAGAGAAAGUUUUGCAUAAAAGUAGAGAUGAACUAGUGAGGAUGACAGCGCAGUAUGACCAGGCAUCAACCAAGUGCACUGCAUUGGAACAAAAACUGAAAAAGUUGACUGAAGAUUUGAGUUGUCAGCGACAAAACGCAGAAAGUGCCAAGUGUUCUCUGGAACAGAAAGCCAAGGAGAAAGAAAAGGCGUUUCAGGAGGAGCUGUCCCGUCAACAGCGCUCCUUCCAGGCGCUGGACCAAGAGUACACACAGAUGAAAGCCAAGCUCACGCAGGAGUUACAGCAAGCCAAGAACACGCACAACGUCCUGCAGGCUGAGCUGGAUAAAGUCACAUCAGUGAAGUACCAGCUAGAAAAAAAAUGGGAAGAGUUUAAGCAAAAGUUCUGCAGAACCGAACAGGCGCUGCAAGCGAGUCAGACCAAGGAGGAGGAGCUGAGGAGAAGUAGUGAGGAAAUGAAGAAGGAAAACGGCUUCCUUAAGAGUCAGUCUGAGCAAAGUGCCAGAGAAGUCUGCCACCUGCAGGAGGAACUGAAGAAGACCAAACAGUGUUUGAGUCAGAGCCAGAAUUCUGUAGAAGAAAUGAGGGCUAAGAAUACCUCUCAGGAAACCAUGUUAAGAGAUCUUCAAGAAAAAAUCAAUCAGCAAGAGAAUUCCUUGACUUUGGAGAAACUGAAGCUCGCCAUAGCUGAUCUGGAAAAGCAGCGUGAUUGUUCUCAAGACCUUCUGAAGAAGAGGGAACAUCACAUCGAACAACUGAGCGAAAAGUUAAGCAAAACAGAGAGAGAGUCCAAAGCUUUAUUGAGUGCUUUGGAGUUAAAAAAGAAAGAAUAUGAAGAAUUGAAAGAUGAGAAAACUCUGUUUUCUCAUUGGAAAAGUGAAAACGAACAACUGUUAAAGCAGAUGGAAUCAGACAAGGAAAGCUUGCAGAGUAAAAUUAAUCACUUGGAAACUUGUCUUAAGACACAGCAAAUUAAAAGUAACGAAUACAACGAGAGAGUAAGAAUACUGGAGAUUGAAAGAGAAAACCUAAACGUCGAGAUGAGAAACCUUCACAAUGUGAUCGACAGCAGGAACGUGGAGGUAGAGACACAGAAAAAAGCUUACAUAGAACUGCAGCAGAAAGCCGAGUCCUCAGAUCAGAAGCAUAAGAAGGAAAUAGAAAAUAUGAGUUUGAAAGUUUCUGAGCUUACUGGGCAAGUUGAAGAUCUAGAACACAAACUCCAGUUGUUAUCAAGUGAAAUAACGGACAAAGACCAGCGUUACCAAGACUUGCACGCUGAAUGUGAGAGACUCGGGGCUCUGCUAAAAUCCAAGGAUUCUUUGGUGACAAACGAAGCUCUUCACAGAAGUCUUUUGGGUUUUGAACAGCAGUCCGCAAUAGAUAACUCCUUUGCAAAUAUAACUGGAGAACAAGGAAGCAUGCCUUCAGAAAGGGGCGGAUGCCAUGUAGAAGCAGACCGAAGUCCAAAAAAUUCAGCCAUCUUACAAAAUAGAGUCGUUUCCCUUGAGUCUUCACUAGAAUCUCAAAAGCAGAUGAACUCCGAUCUGCAAAAGCAGUGUGAAGAGUUGGUGCAAAUCAGAGGAGAAAUAGAGGAAAACCUCGUCAGAGCAGAACAGAUGCAUCAAAGUUUUGUGGCUGAAACAAGUCAACGCAUUAGUAAGUUACAAGAAGACACUUCUGUUCAUCAGAAUGUCCUCACUGAAACUUUAGUUGCCCUGGAGAACAAGGAACGAGAGCUGCAACUUUUGAAGGAAAAAUUAGAAACUGAGCAAGCAGAGAUUCAGGAAUUAAAAAAGAGCAACCAUUUACUUCAAGAAUCUCUGAAGGAGCUACAACUUUUGUCCGAAACGCUGAGCUUGGAGAAGAAGGAAACGAGUUCCAUCCUUUCUCUGACUAAAAAGGAAAACGAAGAACUGACCCACGAGAACAGGACUCUCCAGGAAAUUAACGCAACCUUAAAUCAAGAGAAGAUGGACUUAGCCCAAAAAAGUGAGAGUUUUUCACAGUGUGUCGUUGAAAGGGAGAAAUGUAUUGCAGAGUUAUCUAAUCAGUACAAGCAAGAAAGACUUGCUUUACUACAAAGAUGUGAAGAGACAGGAAAUGCAUUCGAGGAUCUUAGUGAAAAAUAUAAAAUAGUGCAAGAAAAGAGCUCUAAGUUAGAAUGCUUGCUAAGCGAGUGCACCAGUGUUUGUGAAAAUAGAAAAAAUGAAUUGGAACAGCUAAAGGAAACAUUUGCAAGGGAACACCAAGCACUUGUAACAAAACUAGCUUUUGCUGAAGAAAGAAACCAGACUCUAAAACAAGAGUUAGGGGCUGUGCAGCAGGACCUGAGAUCUGAGAUUGCAGACAUUCUGAACAAUUCCAAGAGGGAAGCUGAUGGUUUAAAGCAAGAAAUUGUGACUUUAAAGGAAGAACACAGCAAGAUGCAAAAGGAAGUUAAUGCUUUAUUACAAGAGAAUGAACACCUGAUGAAGUUAAUGGAGAUGAAACGUGAGCAUCAAAAUCUAGAAUCGGAGCCAGCUAGUGACUCUGUGAAAGCAAGAGAGAGUGCGAUAAGUAAAUGUCACGUUCAACUUCCGAUGGAUCUUGAAGUUAAAGAUACUUCUCUAGACAGUUAUAAUGCCCAACUGGAACAAUUAGAAGCUAAGACAAGAAGUUUGGAAUUAAAACUGCAGGAAAGCGAGGAGGAGAAGGAGUGCCUGCAGCACGAGUUAGAGACAAUUAGAAGACAAUUAGAAACUGGGACUUUCCAGCGAGAUGCUCAGUCACAAGAAAUGAGUGGCCUUAAAGACUGUGAAAAAGAUACCGAGGAAAAGUAUAUUUCAGUGCUUCACGAGUUGUCAACAAGUCAGAGUGACAACACGCAGUUACAGUGCGCUCUACAAACAGCAAUGAACAAGCUGAAUGAGCUGGAGAAAAUGUGUGAAAUGCUGCAGGUCGAAAAGUUCGAACUAGUGUCUGAGCUGAAUGAGUCAAGGUCAGAAUGUAUCACAGCAACUAGUAAAAUGGCAGAAGACGUAGAGAAACUGGUCCAUGAAGUUAAAUUAUUAAAUGAUGAAAACGGUCUUUGCCAAGAUGAGUUAGUGAAAGAAAUGCCAGAAGAUAAGCCCGGUGAACAACAAAAUGAAGAGAAGUCUUUGCCCUUAAAUCCUUUGGAUGACAGUAAUUUCCAUGAGCACUUGACAUUGUCGAACAAAGAAGUUCAAAUGCACUUUGCUGAGUUACAGGAGAAGUUCUCAUCUUUACAAAGCGAACACAAAAUUUUGUACGAUCAGCAUAGUCACAUGAGCUCUAAAAUGUCAGAGCUACGGUCCUACGUUGACACGUUAAAGGCUGAAAAUUCCGUCUUGUCAGUGAGUCUCAGAAACUCUCAAGGUGACUUGGUAAAGGAAGGGCUGCUGGAACCCGGGGAGGGGCACUCGCUGUCACUGUCAUUCUCUCGUGUGGCAGAUAGCCUUAGUUUUACGAGUUUGGGAGAAUCAUCCUUUUACAAAGAUCUUUUAGAACAGGCGGGAGAAAUAUCUUUUUUGAAUAAUUUAGAAGGGAGUGUUUCCUCAAACCAGUCUACCAUAGAGGAGGUAUCUUACAGCAGUCUGGAGGAGGAGGAUCUGACCAAGAAAGCAAUCCCAUCAUCCCCAAAGAACAGCGCCGAAGAACUUGAGACCCUCCGUCAGCUGUACGUGCAGUCCCUCAAGAAGCUGGAAGAGAAAAUGGAAAGCCAAGAGAUUAUGAAAAAUAAGGAAAUUAAAGAGCUUGAACAGUUAUUAAGCUCUGAAAGGAAAGAGUUCGACUGCCUUAGGAAGCAGCAUUUGUCAGAAAAUGAACAGUGGCAACAGAAGCUGACAAGCGUGACUGUGGAGAUGGAGUCCAAGUUGGCGGCGGAAAAGAAACAGACGGAACACCUGUCACUGGAGCUCGAAGUAGCACGGCUCCAGCUACAAGGUCUGGACCUGAGCACUCGGUCUUUGCUUGGCACCGACAUAGAAGAUGAUGCUCAGGGAGGAAACGACAGCUGUGACAAAGAAGAAUCAGAAGAAUGGACUUCGGAAACGAGAGCGAGGACACCAAAGCAGGAGGUUCGUCAGAUUUGUGAGAACGGUGUUCAGCAAGACCUCAGUCUGGAGCUGGAGAAGAGAGCCGAGACGGGUGCAGUCACACUCGCAGGAGAACGUUCUAGGGAGCAGUCCCCAGAUGCCAGUCAUGGGACCCCAGAGGAAGACGAAGCUCAGGGCUUUUCAGAAUGCACUUCUGCAUCGUCACGUUCUUGUCCUAAUGCUUCGGUACCUGUGGAUUUUCUGGAGAAUCAGGUAGCCAUUCAGAAUCUCCAACUGCAGGUAAAAGAGACAACAAAUGAGAAUUUGAGAUUACUUCACAUCAUAGAGGAACGUGACAAAAAUGUUGAAAUUUUGCUAAGUGAAAUUAAAGAAUUAGACUCAAAACUCAAUCUACAGGAAGUACAACUAACUACCAAGACUGAAACAUGCACGGAACUGGGGAAAAUAGUUGAGGAAUUUAAAAAAGAAAAAUCAGAUUUAAUUGAAAAAUUGGAAUCCUUUUCUUACGAUAACCCGAAAGUAGAAAGUUCGGAAGGCCUCAACUCCAGUUUAGAAAUGAGCACAGGUAAAUUGUCACAUGAAGUCACUGAAGAUAACGUAUCCAAGACGGUUGACAAAUGGAGAGAGAGAUUUCUCGAGAUGGCAAAUGAGCUGAAGAGCAUCAAGUCUGAGAAGAGCAGUGUGGAGCAUCACGCCCACUCUGUGGAGGCUGACUUAGAGGUGGUGCAAACAGAGAAGCUCCGUUUAGAAAAAGACAAUGAAAAUAAGCAGCAAGUUAUAACUUGUCUUGAGGAAGAACUCUCUGUGGCCACAUGUGAGAAAAACCAGCUUCGUGGAGAAUUAGAUACUUUGUCAAAAGAAUAUAAAGAACUGGAUCUGAUGUCUGAAAAGAUGAAGGAGAAAAUCCAAGAGCUCGAAUCUCAUCGUGAGGAGUGUCAACGUCACAUUGGCGUGGUGGAAGCUGAGGUGAAGGACAAAACACAGCUCCUGCAGACUUUGUCCUCUGACGUAAGCGAGCUGUUAAAAGAUAAAACUCAUCUCCAGGAGCAGAUGCAGAGUUUGGAAAAGGACUCACAGGCACUGUCUUCGGUCAAAAGUGAGCUGGAAAGCCAAAUCGGACAAUUGCAUGAAGAGAAAGAAUCGCUUGUAAGGGAAUCCGAAAGCCUGCAAACCAAAUUACAUGACUUGGAACACGAAAAGCUGACAGUCGCCAAGGCCUUGGAGGCUGCACUGACAGAAAAGGGCGAGGUCGCAGUGAGGCUGAGCUCCACACAAGAGGAGGUGCGUCAUCUGAGGGACGGCAUUGAGAAACUGAGGGUCCGUAUCGAGGCCGAUGAAAAGAAGCAGCUCCACGUCCUAGAGAAACUGAAAGACAGUGAGCGUAAGAGUGAUUCACUUCAGGAUAAAGUUGAGAAUCUUGAAAGAGAAUUGCAGAUGUCAGAAGAAAAUCAGGAGAUGGUGAUCCUGGAUGCGGAGAAUUCCAAAGCAGAGGUGGAGAGCCUAAAAACACAAGUAGAAUUGAUGACCGAACGCCUGAAAGCUUUAGAAUUAGACCUUGUCACGAUAAAGUCCGAAAAAGGAAAUCUGAUGAAACAACUCCUGGAGAAACAAGGCCAGUUGUCUGAAUUAGACGUGUUACUCUCUUCAUUUAAAAAUCUGUUAGAAGAAAAAGAGCAAGAAAAAAUACAGAUGAAAGGGGAAUCCGAAGCCGCAGAGGAGAUGCUUCAAACAGAAUUGAAAGAGCUAAAUGAGGCAGUGGCAGCCUUGUGUGAUGACCAAGAGGCUGGCAGGGACAAAGAACAGAGCCUGGGCUCCCCAGUGCAGGUGAUGCAUCAGCUGAGAAGUAGCAUCACAAAGCUGAAGGUCCACCUAGAAGCUGAUGGAAAGAAGCAGCUCCAUGCCUUAGGAAAACUGAAAGAAAGUGAGCAUCAAGCAGAUGUGCUUAAGGAUAGAGUUGAGAACCUUGAAAGAGAACUAGAGAUAUCAAGAAAAAACCAGGAGCGUGCGAUUCUGGAGGCUGAGAAUUCCAAAGCGGAAGUGGAGACCCUAAAAGCAAGAAUAGAGGAGAUGGCCCCAAAUCUGAGAGAGCUGGAAUCAGAUCUUGUCAAUAUAAGGACAGAAAAAGAAAAUCUGACAAAAGAAUUACAAAAAGAGCAAGGACGAGUAUCCGAAUUAGAAAUACUAAAUUCUUCAUUUGAAAAUCGAUUGCAAGAAAAAGAGCAAGAAAAAGUACAGAUGAAAGAAGAAUCUAAAAUUGCAGUGGAUAGGCUUCAAACACAAUUAAAAGAGCUAAAUGAGAAAGUGACAGCCUUGUGUGAUGACCAAGAGACCUGGAAGGUCAGAGAACAGAAUCUGAGUGGUCAAGUAGAUCGUCUUGAACUUGAGAAGGCUCAGUUGCUACAAAGCCUUGACGAGACCAAAAGUAAUUACAUUAUUUUGCAAUCUUCUGUGAAUGGCCUCAUUCAAGAACUAGAAGAUGAGAAACAAAAACUAGAGAAGAAGAAUGGAGAAAUCAGUGAACUAAAAAAUCAAGUUCAAGACCAAGAGCAGCUCGUCUCGAAACUGUCCCAGGCGGAAGGAGAGCAGCAAGUUUGGGAAAAGCACAAAGGAGAGCUGGAGAAUCUGACGGUGGAACUGGAACAGAAGAUCCAGGGGCUGCAGUCCAAAAACGACACUUUGCAGGACACCUUAGAAGCACUGCAGAAUUCUUACAAGGAUCUGGAAAAGGAGCUCGAAUUGACAGAAAUGCAAAAAACAUCCUUCGUUGAAAAAAUAAAUGCAAUGACUUCAAAAGAAACCGAGCUGCAGAGGGAAAUACACGACAUGGUACAGAAAACGACGGAGUUGAAAGAAGAAUUUAGUAGGGAGAAAAAUAAGCUAACUGAAGAAUUAAAUUUAAUGGUGGAAGAAAUAAAGAGCAGCAAAGGUCAACUAGAGCAGUUCAUGCUAGAAAAUAGUGAAUUGAAAAAGAGCUUGGAUUGCGUACACAAAGACCAGACGGAAAAGCAAGAGAAGAUGAGAGAAGAAAUAGCCGAAUAUCAGCUACAGCUUCAGGAAGCUGAAAAGAAGCACCAGGCUUUGCUUCUCGAUACAAACAAACAGCAUGAAAUGGAAAUCCAGACAUACCGAGAGAAAUUGACUUCUAAGGAAGAAUGCCUCAGCUCGCAGAAAGUGGAGUUGGACCUGCUAAAGUCCAGUAAAGAAGAACUCAAUAAUUCUUUGAAAGCAACCACUGAGCUUUUAGAAGAAUUGAGGAAAACCAAGAUGGACAAUCUAAAACACGUAAAUCAGCUGAAGAAGGAAAAUGAGCGUGCCCAGGGGAAAAUAAAGUUGUUGAUUAAAUCCUGUAAACAGCUGGAAGAAGAAAAGGAAAUGCUGCAGAAAGAGCUCUCUCACCUUGAAGAAGCUGCACAAGAGAAACAGAAAACAGGUACUGUUGUGGAUGCCAGUGUAGAUGAAUUAAUGACCGAGGUGAAAGAACUGAAAGAAACCCUUGAAGAAAAAAGCAAGGAGGCGGACGAAUACUUGGAUAAGUACUGUUCCCUGCUCAUAAGCCAUGAGAAGUUGGAGCGAGCCAAAGAGAUGUUAGAAACACAAGUUGCUCGUCUGAGUUCACGACCAUCCAAACUCAAUCUCCAGAGUUCUCCUUCGCUAAAUUCAGUUGUUCCGGGACCAUCCCCAGUCCCUUCUGUUCCUGAGAAGAAGUUAUCAUCCGGCCAAAAUAAAGGCUCAGGCAAAAGGCAGAGGUCCAGUGGGAUUCGCGAGAACGGAGGAGGAACAGCGUCUUCUACACCGGAGACGUUUUCUAAAAAAAGCAAGAAAGUGGUCAAAAGUGGUAUUCACCCUACAGAGGAUGCAGAAGACACCGAGUUUGAGCCUGAGGGGCUUCCGGAAGUUGUAAAGAAAGGGUUUGCUGAUAUCCCAACGGGAAAGACGAGCCCAUACGUCCUGCGAAGAACCACCAUGGCAACUAGGACCAGCCCCCGCCUUGCUGCACAGAAGUUAGCACUGUCCCCACUAAGUCUCCAUAAAGAAAAUCACGCCGAGACCUCCAAACCAACAGCUGGUGGCAGCAGAUCCCAAAAGGUCAAGGCUCUCCAGCGAAGCCCAGCGGACACAGGCACCGCCUUGUGGGAGCCCAGCGCGAGGUCCCUCCCAGCCGGUCACCUUCCUGCACAGAGCUCAGCUGACAGCCCCUACAAGGGCCUGAGGGCCAAACGAGGCCGGCUCGCCCCCAGCCCAGAAGCCGGCCCCGAGUCCAAUGAGAACUGUAGGGUCCAGUAGGAGAGACCUCGUGUGUCAGGACCCCUGGCAGCGGCAGUAGUUGACUAGAAGGCAGCUUCCAGGGGCGCAUCUUCAGUCAGGGAGCACGCGACAGGUGGCAAGAAGUCAAUUCAAAUCACAAUAUAUGGCACUCGUUAGAUCUUCUGUUGUAAGUCUUAGAAAAGGUAGGAGGCCGUGAUCACCUAGUCGUCAUCGGUAGCUCUGUGUGGUAACGUAAACAUAGUAGAAAGCUUCUCGGUAAUGUUCACUUAAGUGGCAGGCACUAAACAACAGCUUCUGUUCGUGUGUGGAUUUUACACUAAAAAAAAAAUGCCAAACACAUUUUAUACUUCCAAUUAACAGCUCCCAGGAAAAUGUAAACUUUUGCUUUAUGAUAACUUCCCAUGAAUAGUGUUAGGCCUGAAAUAGUUUUAGAUCGAGAAUUUCUUUGAGCUGUGUAAAAUGAAGGAAAACCAUGCUGUGUGUUUUUAAGGAAAACAUUUACACGUAGACACACAUAGGUGUGUUCACCCUUCUCUUCCAGUGUGUUUUCUAAGCCUUUGCUUAUGCAACCUGUACAUAUUUGUGUGUUCUGGUGAUGGGAGUUGGUUGUUUAUUUCCACUUAGCCUGGUUGCAGGCUCCUUAAAGGUGUAAUAUGUCAAGUUUUCUGUCAUUGUGAUGUUUCUUUUCUAAGACCAUUUUCGUAUGCCUUCUCACAAAUGGUGGUCUUGUAUUUAAAUAUGGCUCUUUUUCUAAUAAAAAUAAAUCACCUCUGUUUUCUAUAAAAAAGAUUAAGUAUAAAUGCA